AACGCGGUGAUUGACUUGAAGACGAGGCAAUGACAAAUUGACAACUACAACUGCUACUUAAACCGCACUACUUGACACAUUUCUCAAAUCUUAAAAAGAGAAAACCAACGAAAAAAAGGAGAUCCAGAAGCAGAAGCUAAAAAAUCAAAUUUCAGAGAGAUCCUUUAAGAAAAUGGAUGUGCGAAGAAGAAGCACAUGUAUGUCGUCAUUGAUAGUGGUAGUGGGCAUAGUGUUGAUGAUGAUGAUGAACACUACAGAGGGGCAAACAAGUGAUCCACCUUCUUGCGCCGCUCAGCUGGUUCCUUGCGCUGAUUUUCUUAAUUCUAAAAAACCACCAUCUUCUUGCUGUGACCCAUUAAAAAAAACCGUUGAAACCCAACUCAAGUGUCUCUGCGACCUCUUCUAUUCUCCUGGUUUUCUUCAAAGCUUGAACAUUAAUACUACUUCGGCUCUUCAACUCAGUCGCAACUGUGGUGUCACCACCGAUCUCACCACCUGCAAACAAGGCGGGUCAGCUCCACCUCCGACUGCCGGGGCCCCACCGGCUAAAGAUGGAGGUGAUAAGGGAGCUGCGGGAAGAGUCUCGUUCACUGGAUUUUCCUCCCUACUUUUAUUGGUAUCCAUGCUCUUCAAUUAGAAAGGCUUCCGUUUACGCUUCGGAAACCUCUCUUGUCUGUAUUGAAUUUAUUUAUGUAAUGUAACUCCAUACACUAGAGAGAACUGUUUAAUUGCGUUUACCUUUUCUUUUUCUAUAAUUUUUAGCAAACUCUGAUUCAAUUAGAGUAAAAAGCUUAUUCAGUGAAGGCGAGUUAUUUUUGUCAAAUUCGGUUGACAGAACUAUUUGUGGUGCUUUUGAUUGCACCAUUUAUAUAUGAUGUGGUUUCUUGAUCUUGUUGAUGUUAUUAAGAAUUUAUCACCUCAAA